AGGAGAAGCGGAGAGUUGAAGCUCAAAAAAGAAAGAUGAAGGAACAAGAGGCAAAAAGAAAGGCGAAGUUGGGAUCGGCGUUCCAAUUUGAGCCAGAAGACGAGGCCGAAAGCACCAAGAAACAGCUGCAGAACAAGUUGGACAAAGCUAGCCGCAAGGAGGAGCUGCCUUCCUUGGCCCUAGCCUGGGGCAGCGGCGGUCGCGACGCCGACCCACGCUUUGUGGAAGCGAUGGGGGGCGAUAAAUUGCUCCAGGAGGCCAGCUGGUCGGGGAAUCAAGGUGGUCUCAUGGGCAGAAUCGGGACCUUCAAGCCUCGUGCAAGAGUGGGAACAUGGACAUGGAUAGCAAAAUUGCAGCAGAGAUGA